GUGCUGGCACGGACAGACGCACAGCCCAUGGGCUUCCCUGGCCUGCUGUGCGUGCAAGCACCUGUGGGGAGGGCAGAGGGCUGAGCUUCAGCCUGAGCCACAGCAGCCCAGGAACAAGCAUGGAAAUGACUUUCUUCUUGCAGAUGGACUUGCGGACUCCGACCCAUGGUGUCUGACUCCACACCUGUUGACAACGGCUUGACACGCAUCGUGGGCGGUACAGGUGCAAAGCCAGGGGCCUGGCCAUGGAUUGUCAGCAUCCAGCAUCCCUGGAUACGAGGCCUGGGGCAUUGGUGUGGUGGGUCUCUCAUAAAUGCAGAGUGGGUCCUCACAGCAGCUCACUGCUUCGACAAGUUUAAGAAAAUUGGCAUCUUGAAUGUGGUGAUUGGGGCCACCCAGUUGACUCCGCCUGGUCCUGAGGCACAAGUUCGCAAGAUUAGGAGGCUACUUCGUCACGAAAACUAUAAGAGAAGUGAUAUAAGUAAUGAUAUAGCUUUGCUGGAACUGGAUGCACCUGUCGACUGUAGUCCCUACAUCCAGCUGGCCUGUGUGGCUGAUCCCACCAUAACAGUCUCAGAGCUGCAAAACUGCUGGAUUGCUGGAUGGGGUACAACCACAGAAGAAAAUGAAGACUUAAGUGAUAACCUGCAGGAGGCCAAGGUCCAGCUCAUCAAUGUCCAGCUCUGCAACAGUAGCCGCUGGUACGCAGGGGAAAUCCACACCCACAACUUGUGUGCUGGUUACCCAGAGGGCAACAUUGACACCUGCCAGGGUGACAGCGGUGGUCCUCUCAUGUGCCAGGACAAGAACGCUGACUCCUGGUGGGUUGUUGGAGUGACCAGCUGGGGAAGAGGCUGCGCUAGAGAAAAGCUGCCUGGAGUCUACACCUCCACUCAGUACUUCUAUGACUGGAUUCUGGCCCAGAUGGGUCUGAGUCCAUUUGGAAAUCACGUGCCUCUGGCAGCCAUGAAUGGGCUCGGCCUCCUCGUCCUGCUCACCGUGGCUGGGCUGGCACACGGGUUAUGGGAAGACUGUGGGGGAAUAUGUGGGCUCCGACCCUUGAUGUAUGAGUAUGAGUAUUUGGAUGAAGUCAUCGACACGACACGCGUCGUGGGUGGCGCAGAUGCCAAGUCAGGGGCCUGGCCCUGGAUUGUCAGCCUUAAGCAUCCUGCAAUACCAGGCACGAGACAUCUGUGUGGAGGGUCUCUCAUAAAUGCAGAGUGGGUCCUCACAGCAGCUCAUUGCUUCGACCCCAUCAGGAAAUUUGGCGUGGUGUAUGUGGUGAUUGGGGCCACCCAGUUGACUAAGCCGGGACCUGGAGCACAACUGCGCCGAAUUAAGAAGUUAGUGCGUCACAAAAACUAUAAUAAAAAUGACAAGAGUAACGACAUUGCCUUGCUACAACUGAGCAAGCCUGUUGAGUGCAACGCCUACACUCAGGUCGCCUGCGUGGCUGACCCCACCACAAGCUUGUCAGACCUGCAGAAUUGCUGGGUGGCUGGCUGGGGUGCAACUACUGCAAGAGCUCAAAACUCAAGCGAUGUCCUACAGGAGGCUGAGGUCCAGCUCAUCGAUGUCCAGCUCUGCAACAGUAGCCGCUGGUACUCAGGGAAAAUCCACACCCACAACUUGUGUGCUGGUUACCCAGAGGGCAAAAUCGACACCUGCCAGGGUGACAGCGGUGGUCCUCUCAUGUGCCAGGACAAGAACGCUGACUCCUGGUGGGUUGUUGGAGUGACCAGCUGGGGAAAAAGCUGUGGCAAAGCAAGACGACCUGGAGUCUACACCUCCACUCAGCACUUUUAUGACUGGAUCCUGGUCCACAUGGACACCUAUAAUAUUUUAAGUGUUUCCUGAACAGCAGGUUGGGCUGCAUCCAGGAUGUGCUGCAGUGCAUAGCAACCUUUGCCUGCUGGGUAGUGCCUGCUGAUCCCAAGGCGGCCUCAGUGUCAAAACCCUGCUCACACUCAUCUCCUCUGUGCAUGCAGAACCUGGAAUUGACUUAAUGAUUGAAAUAAA